AUGCGCAAAUCAAGCAAAAGGCAACAAACUGGUCAUGUUCAGCUGCGACGAAUCGCGCCUGUGCAAGGCAUACAGUACGAGUCUUGCUGGGGCACGCAUGGUUUGGUGCCCGGCUUCAGCACGACAGCCAGUGUCCUUGAUGCUUGGCGGGGGCUUUCGCGCGGUAGUAGGGUCCGCCACUUGGAUGGAUGCAGUUGCGCCAUUACGGGCGUUGGACUGAGGUGUGGUCGAAACCUGGACUGCCAUCAUCAUGAUCAAGGAAACGCUCGCCGGGUAUCUGCUUUUUGCGGGGCAGUUACCAUUCUCACGAUUCUCGGCGGCAGCGGAAGUCACACCACGUCUUCGCCAAAAGAGAUUUCGGAAGUCGUACAGGACAUGUGGCUGUCGAAACUUAAGGGUAUUCCUCACGCCACAAGCCGCCAUUCGUGGAAAACUCGCGAUCUCGAGUACCUCGCGCGAUCCCCACAACAACACUUGUAUCCUCAAAAGCUGGGCAAACCUCAAAAACAGGUUCCCGGUAGCGAGUGUGCGUCGAGUUACGGCGAGUUGCGGCGUCAGAAGUUGAUACAAGAUAAUCGCUUUCUGACCACUGAUUUCAUAUUCUAUUGGCUGCGGUUGAUAUUACUUCCACCAGGCGUCCGAUAUUCUGGUGACAUCAGGCUUCCAGCAGCUACACCACAUAUGCUGAAACCGACAAGCUAG